AUGCUGACUUAACUGGUCAGGGCACCCCAGUCUGGCUGACAUGGCUGAAACGCACACUCCAUAUUAUUCCUUGAAGAAAAUGUUUUCUUUCUUCAAUAGUGUUACUGCUCUCUCUGGCAUGAUCCUCAUUGGUCUGAGCAUCUAUGUGAAUUUCAGAGGGGCUGUCCUGACCAAGGUCCUUGGGCUGUCCUCCGCAUACCUGUUUCAUAUUGGUUACCUGUGCCUGGUGAUGGGCAGCGUCACGGUGUUGCUUGGCUUCGCCAGGCGGCAGGGAGCGGCCAAGGAAAGCAGAGGCACCCUCUUGUCUUGUUUCUUGGUCAUGGUCAUCAUUCUCAUUGUGGAAAUCACGGCUGCCACGGUGGUCUUUGCCUUCUUCCAGAUUGUUCGAGAAGUGGCCUUGGAGCACAACUUCGUGACCCUGAGGAAGAAUUACAGAGGUUACGAGGAGCCAGAUGACUACUCCAUGCGAUGGAAUUUGGUCAUGGAGGAGCUCAAGUGCUGUGGAGUGAAGAACUACACAGAUUUUUCUGGCUCCUCCUUUGAAAGGGCGACAGGUCACACCUACCCCCGGAGCUGCUGUAAAUCCCUGGGGACCAUGGACUGCGAUGGACGCAAUGUGUCUGCAGACGUCAUCCACCAGGAGGGCUGUUUCCCUAAGCUCCUGAAAAUAACCAAGACUCAGAGCACCAACCUGAGUGAGGGCUGUCUGGGGGCAGCAGUGAUGCAGCUGCCAGGAACUCUUGCCACCUUGCUGCUGGUCAUCAAGCUGGGCUGACAGGCCUGGGGAGAACAGGACCGCUGAGCCCCCCUGGCUGCUGGAAGAAGAUGUGGGCUCAAUCUGUUUCUCUGCGGCACUCCCUGCGUCUGGAAAAGGAGAUGGAUAAUAAAAGAUUUGGGAAAUCCUCGUCA